AUGAAUACCACACACUUGGCGUUUUCAUUUCAGCCCGUGCUGCUUAAUGUCACUGAAGACUUCAAUGACUCAGUUCUGAACAGAAGCAGCGAUGGCUUUUGUGAGCAGGUCUUCAUAAAAGCUGAGGUCUUUUUGACUUUAGGGAUCAUCAGCCUCCUGGAAAACAUCCUUGUCAUUCUUGCAGUGCUGAAGAAUGGAAACCUGCAUUCUCCCAUGUAUUUCUUCCUUUGCAGCUUGGCUGUGGCAGAUAUGUUAGUGAGCAUGUCAAAUGCCUUGGAGACUAUUAUGAUUGCGAUCCUGAGCAACGGCUAUUUGAUCAUCGAUGACCACUUCAUUCAGCAUAUGGACAAUGUUUUUGACUCAAUGAUUUGUAUUUCUUUGGUAGCCUCAAUUUGCAACCUCUUGGUUAUAGCCAUUGACAGGUACAUAACUAUUUUCUAUGCUCUCCGUUACCACAGCAUCAUGACUGUGAAGAAAGCUUUAACCUUGAUUGUGGUCAUUUGGAUUGCUUGUAUCAUCUGUGGCAUCAUAUUCAUUGCCUACUCAGAAAGCAAAACUGUCAUUGUCUGUCUCAUCACCAUGUUCUUUACCAUGCUUUUUCUCAUGGCCUCCCUGUACGUCCACAUGUUCCUGUUUGCACGCCUGCACGUUAAGCGGAUCGCAGCCCUCCCUGUGGAUGGGGUGCCCUACCAACGGACCUGCAUGAAGGGAGCUGUCACCAUCACUAUAUUACUUGGUGUCUUCAUCGUUUGCUGGGCACCUUUCUUCCUUCACCUCAUUCUCAUCAUUUCUUGCCCAAUGAAUCCAUACUGUGUCUGCUACACUUCACACUUCAAUACCUAUCUGGUCUUGAUAAUGUGCAACUCAGUAAUUGAUCCACUCAUUUAUGCUUUCCGGAGUCUAGAGAUGAGAAAAACUUUCAAAGAAAUAGUGUGUUGCUGUUACGGCAUGAGUGUGGGACAGUGCAUGCUGUAA